AUGGGAAACCAAACUUUUGUGACUGAAUUUAUUCUUCUGGGUUUCCCCAGCAUGCAAAAUGUUCGUGUUUUGCUCUUUGUGACUGUCUUGGUCAUGUAUCUUUUGACUGUCACUGGCAAUGUGAUCAUCAUCGCCACAGUGGUGACUGACUCCACUCUCCACAAACCCAUGUAUUUCUUCCUCGGAAACCUCUCAUUCCUGGGAAUCCUCUUUGUCUCCGCUAUCAUCCCCAAACUCUUGGCCAAUCUCUUGGAAGCCAAGAAGUCCAUCAGCAUAGCCRGCUGCAAAGCUCAGUCCUUCACCUAUUUUUUCCUGGGGGUCACUGAGGUUUUCCUGCUCACCGCCAUGGCCUUUGACCGCUACCUGSCCAUAUGCAGCCCUCUGCAUUACAGCACCAUCAUGAGCAGCAGCCUGUGUGCUCAGUUGUCUUUGGCCUCUUGGGUCGGCGGCUUCCUGACGGUGUGCGUGCAGACCGUUCCGGUGUUCCGGCUGCCCUUCUGCGGCCCCAAUGUCAUCAACCACUUCUACUGCGACGUUGAGCCCCUCUUGCAGUUGGCCUGCGCUGACACGCGCUCUCUGGAGAGGUUCAUCUUCAUAGCUGCUGUCAUGCUUCUGUUCAGCACUUCCAUUUUGACCAUCAUCUCCUACUCCUUCAUCAUCUUCACCAUACUGCGGAUCCCAUCUGCUACGGGCAGGCAGAAGGCUUUCUCCACCUGCACUGCACAUCUCUUGGUGCUUCUUUUGCUCUACGGAGCGGUCAUAUUCAUUUAUGCCAGGCCCAGCGGGCGAGCCUAACUGAACGUGAACAAGGUGGUGUCCCUUCUCAACACCCUGGUCACACCACUGCUCAACCCUUUCAUCUACACCUUGAGGAACAAGGAGGUAAAGACUGCCCUGAAAAGGGCAGUUCUUAGAAAUAAAGUUCUGGUAAAAAAGGGAGGGCAAAAAUACUUUUUUUGA